AUGCCAACCACAAUUACCGAUACCGUCAAUGAAAAGUCCGGGUGGAUUAUAUCUGAACUAAGAAGUGGUGUUGGCUUGGACUCCGAGUUCUCGUCACUUAAGAUGCAGGAUAAGGAGCAGGUUCUGGAGCAAAUGGCCAACGUCUUAAAGGCAAUUCAAACAACUAAAUUACCAGAAAGCGCUAUAUUUGGAGGAGUUACAUUUGACUCUGACGGACGAAUUGUGAGCGGACAGGCGCCUCUCCGGAAAGGCGAACCCGUAAAAUCAUAUGCCGAAUGGAGGGUUAGUAAACUACGCGGGCAACUCCAAGAAGCCGCCCGAAGCCCGGUUAUUCAGGGUUGGAAGCGUAAUGGCGUGGACGCGAGGAUUGAAAAAUUUCUUGCUGCCGAUGGCCCCGGGAAAAUUCUCAGUAACGUCGACCCGGACCAAAAGAGCUUGAUACACGGAGACUUUAGUACGUAUGCCCCGUUUCAGAGUAGCCAUCCAUUGACUGACAAUAUCAAAACGACGAACAAUGUGCUAUUCGAUAAGGACACUAAGAAACUAACAGCUGUCCUGGACUUUGACUGGUCUGACAUCUCUAACCCUCUUGACGAGUUUAUGUGUAGCCUUCAAGACGUUGGUGGAAACAUCCGCCACGAGAAUAAGAAGAUCGAGGCUGCGAUUCUCUCUGGCGACUUUACAUGGCCACCCGACAACCUAGAUGAGGCAUCCGUCAAGCAGUGGCAAGUCGCCAAGGCGUGGAAUGCGGCAUAG